GAGCAGACCGUGGCCCUCAACGAGAGGCUGCGCCGCGACGGCAAGAUCAUCGCCGUCGGAAGCGCUAAGAAGUCCAACGACGACCCCUUUGCCUCUGCGCCAGUGCUGCCCAGCCGAGCCGCCGCAGCGGCCAGUGCUGCCGCCGCCGCGCCGCCUGUCGCCCCCGCACCGCCGCCGCGGCCCGCGACAGCCGCCGCCGCUCCGAGCGUCGACAUGCUCUCCGAGAUUGCGAUGAACGAGCUUCCGCUGGCGGUGCCUGGCUCCAAGCUGGCCGCGUCGGCGCACUCCAUCCCCUCUGUGACGUCGCUCGACAUGGCGCCGCCGCCUCCUGCGCCGGACGGGCCGGCGGCGGGCUAUCGCGCGAGCGGAGCGCCCGCCGCGCUCGAACUGCGGGCGGGCGAGGUGCUCGGCAAGCACAAGUGGCGGGAGACGCUCGAGGGCGCGGUGGUUGCCACCAGCCGAGGGAGGGGCGCCGCCCUCGCGCCCGGCACGCCCCUCCGCAAGAUUGUCGCGGCGCAGCAGGCGCAGCAGGCCCAGGCGGCCGUCCUCGCCCCCGCCUCCUUCCUCGUCGGCACCGCCGCGUGCGUCCUCGGCGCCGCCGUCGCCGCAGCCUCCCUGUGGGUCGCCGCGGGCAAGCCGGGGUAUCGGCAGGCGGUCGACCGCGUGGCCGAGAAGAACGUGGCGCGGCGGGACCGGCUGCAGGCUGGCGCGGUCGGCGCGACCACCACCGCCAUCAGCGCCGCGGCCGAGACGGCGGUCCUCGAGUCGUCGGUCGUGCGCGACCUGGCGCCGGAGAUUCGGAAACAGUUUGGCGGCAAGGCCAAGGGCUGAGGGCUGGGAGGCGACGCGAUCUUCUUGGGCCCUGGCGCCGCGCGAGAGAGGGCGAGGGAAGCGCGCGGCGCCGCUUGUACAUUCUUGUGCGACCCCACCACCAGCGCCGGGGCAACCAGUGUCUAGAGUACAUUCUCACUUCUCUAUUUCUUGGGUCUGCCGUGCACCGGCCCGGUGACCCUCCGUCACCUGUACUUUACGCGAAGCUCCUUCUGUGUACUGACG